AUGUGGUCCUCCACUUCAGCCUCAUAUCUUGAUGACCUGACUGCUGAUGCUCAGUCCAAGAAGUCAUCAAAAAAGAAAGCUGCAGAGGAGUGUGUGCAAAAGCUCCUUCAUGGAGGGGAGGCAAAACGAAAGGCAGAAGCUCGAAAGGCCGAGCUCAAGCGUCAACAGGAAGAGGCAGAGCAACAACUCAAGGAGACCAUUGCCCUGAAGGAGAAGAUCUUGAAAUGCGCAAUGUCAGCAGCAAACGCGAACAAUGGAGUGAUUGGCGCAGGCUUUCGGCACAGCGCAGUCAUUUCCAAAGAUGGAGGUUUAAUUUGCUUUGGCACCUCUGGGCGGAGUCAAUGUGACGUUCCUCACCCGAGUGUCACUGCGUACCGCCCGUACGAGUCAGUGGCUUGCGGCCAUUUGCACACAUGCGCUGCCACUAUCAAAGGGCAGCUGAUCUUCUUUGGGGAAACAUGUUUUGGCCAAUGUUCUCCACCGGAACUGGCAGUGGAUGUCGGUGUCACUGCGCUUUGCGCUGGCUAUGGUCACACCUGCAUUCUAGACACACAAGGACGUUUGCACUGUUUCGGGGACAAUGUCUACGGCCAAUGUGCUGUACCUAUUGAGUUGGCAUCCACCAAAGUGGUCUCGAUUGCAGCUGGAUUUCGUCACAGCUGCGCAGUCACGGCGCAAGGUGUGCUGCUGUGCUUUGGCGACAACAGCCGUGGACAGUGUACUGUGCCGCCAUCUUUGACGAACGUCAGGUUGGUGGCCGCAGGGGAUUUCCACACUUGUGCCAUCACAGCGGAUGGUAAGCUGCAUUGCUUUGGAAGCAACGAUCAUGGUCAGUGUAAUGUUCCGAAGCAUUUGGAGCAUUUUAUCGCUGUCGCUGCUGGAUCGAAUUUCACCAUGGCUAUCCUUUUCAAUGGCAAUGUGUGGUGCGGUGGAUCAAGUGGCCAUGGUCAAUGUGAUUUGCCCGAUCACUUGCUGCCAGAGGCACCUGAAAUACCUGAAGUCUCUGAAGUUGAGUCUGAUAUCUUCUCGGACGGAGCAGAAGAAGGAGAGGAGGAACUGCCGGAGGAAGAUGUUCCGGGUGAUUCUGUCGAUGUGAACCCCACAGAGGAGCCCGUAGAGUUGCCUGAGACAGACACGAUCGCCUCUGACAUGGAGAAGCGGAUGAGGUCCACUUUCGGGAGCGUGGCAGAGAGUCAGGGCACACUUGACACUACGAUCACCUCCAUAAUCAGUGAAGCACAGGAGUCGGUGGCAGAUCAAGAAGAGACGGCCAAAGGCAAGAUCCAGGUUUUGCAUGAAAAAUUGGCAGCUGCUUGGGAGGAUGCUGAAGCUUUGGCAGCGAAAUACGUGGACCGCUUCAGAGGAUUGACGGCAGGCUGCUUCCAUAGUUGUCUUCUGCAAGCAGAUGGGCAGUUUCUUUUCUUUGGAGACGAUAGUGCAAACCAGUGCACGAUGCCAGAGGGGCUCAUCCCGAAGGUCUCCAUCAUCGACGCUGCAGAUUUGCCCGUGGGAAUCCUCGCUGGCGCAAAGCCAAAGAACACGAACAGCAGCUUCGAGCUUUGGCGCGUGCAGAGUCUGAAAGCUCGCUGCUCCCAGCAGAAGCCGAGGGGAGAGUGGCAGAAUGUGACAAACAUGGCGAGCAGAUUUCGCACAUGUGUGGCCUUGUCAGCGGCAUUUGCCAUCGGCAUUUUGCUGGUAGCUGCUCGUUUGACUGGCCUCAUCUCACCGCAAAGACCGGAAGCAUUGGACGCGAGCAAUCGCAAAGCUGAGAUUGAGGCACCAGAUAGCCAGUUUCCCCCACGGUUCCCUCAGUUCUUUGCAGAUACUGCUGGUGAGGAGACGAAACGCGGCCAAAGUGCCGGAGAAAGUCGUAGUGGACAGAAUCACUCUGGUGACUCUAGAGGAUAUGGUUCCCAAAGCAGCAAUCGCAAUGACAAGAGUCAUGAUGACGAUGUGACUACAAGACCUACAAGAUUCCGAGAUGGCGACAGGGGCAUCCACAGAGCCAGCCCGACAGCUAAGACCAGAGAUGGAAGUUCAGUUGACAAGAAAUAUUUAAACGUGAAUGUGGCAUCAGCAAACGUUGGUGGACGCGAGGCACGAAGUUUGAGAGAUUGUGUCACGGCUUCCAAGGUGUUUUCUGAUGACGCUGAAGUGGAUGCACUUGUUCGGGUUUUGGAGCAGUUUCGUGACAUGACUCCUCCACCAGACGAUGACGGAAAAUUAUUUCCGCCACUUCCCCUUGUGUUCACACAAAUGCGCAAAGGCGAGGGGGUUGGUAUCGCAGAAGCAUUUCACCAUGCGUGGAGUGUAGCACUUGGCUGUGGCAAGAUUUUCUUCACAAGGACCGACGUCCGAGUGCGCCAGGGAAAGGAGAAGUGUUUCUCCCUCUUUGCAUCCGCUGCCGCACCACACCUUUAUCCCUGGGGCUUCUUUGACUCUGCCACUCGGAAACAGAAGCUACCAGACUUGGAUAAGAUCAUCGGCAUCCGGGGAAACUUGCCAUUUGGUGCCUGUCGUUUUCUCGACUCCGACUGCAGCUACACAACUGUUUUGCUGGAACCCGUGGAGAGAUACAUUUCUCACGUUCAAUCAGAGUGCGCACAGAGACUACAAACUGUCCCCGAGUGCGAUCUGUCCCUGCAAGACUUUACUCAUGCAGCAGUUCGUGGAGAUGUGUCGUUUUACGGCAUUGAUAAUUACCAAACACGACUGUUAGCAGGGGAUGGCUCUGUUGAUUCGAACAACAAGCCUUGCUUUUCAGCUGAGACCUGCAAACGUGUGGAGACCUUUCAAGUUGGACCUUCGGAUGUGAAAGCUGCAAUUCGCAAUCUUGUUUUUCAUUAUCCUGUUUGGGGGGUAGUCGAUGACCUUCCCAGUUUCGCGGAACGUUUGCAGAGAGUCUAUGGCUACCCUUUUUUCAUGUUAAAAAAGAAGCGAACUACAACAGAUCUAGAUUUUGGUAUGAACUUGACACUGGAUGCCACAGCUAGGAAGGAGAUUGAGCAAAUGAAUGCCGCCGACGAUCAACAUAUCUCCGCGCAUCGCAUAGCUGGGAGCCGCUGA